UCUGCCGCGCUUUACGAAUUUAAGCUCGGUCGAAAAGCAACGGAAGCGGCCCGAAAUACACGCAAAUAACACGAAUAAAAUAUAAAUAGAUACUCUUCUAGACGGGAACUAUGAGUCAGAACAAUAUGUGCUCUAUUUUGCAAUACGUUACUUAUAAAUUCGAUCCAACGGCAAUAAAAUUACUAGAAAUCUGGACACGCGCCAAAAGGUCAGCGACACGUUUAAAGAAGAGCUUCUUGACGAAAUGCAAAGAAGAAAACAUUUCUAUAACCAACGUUAAGAUGAAAACUGAUAAAAAGCAAUCCGUUCCUGUCGUAAAUCGAGCCAGUUCCGCAGAAACAGAAAUCCCGGCAGCGGAAUCGAAGCUGGAAGACGCGCGUGGGGGCGCGAUCACUGCAAGAAGGGAUGAAAAUUUUCCCAAGCGGAUCUGGCGCGACUGCCGGUCUCAGCAGACGUCGUCCCUUAUCGGGAGCAAGGUGCCCGACUGUCUGGCCAAGUAGUUUGUUCUGUAUUCGAGCCAACUCCGCCACGUAUACACGGCGAACAAGAAAACCCUCCCCUUUCGCUCGAGCCACCGCGUUCUUCUGUCCCCUCGCAUCACAAAGUUCUUACACCGAACGGAUACGCGUGGAUGCACGUUCGAGCAACGAGCUCGCCAGCCACCCCUCCGAGAUAAACAUAAACUCCAGUGCUUGGAAACCACUCGCCAUUGACCAAUCUCCAACGUGUUUGAGAGUUUCUGUAGGUUUCAUUGGCGUUCAAAAGGAAUCUCAAAUUUACGACGAUGUUAAA